AUGUGUGCUGAAGCUCUCACUGCCUUGUUGAACAAUGCAGAACAGUCUGGUCUAAUUACACCUGCACCAAUAGGGAGAGUUUAUGGUAGAGCCUCAAGCCAAGUGCUCAACAAAGAAAAGUCUUCCAUUUUUUUUAGCAGGAACACCAAUCAGGGUGUGAGGGACCAAGUUCUGAAGCAGGCAGAGGUGAAUUCUUGUAGCAACUUUGAAAGGUACCUGGGAUUACCAGCACUUGUGGGUAGAAGGAAAAUUGCAGAAUUCCAUAAUCUUGUGGACAGGACUUGGUCUCCAGUUACUAACUGGAAAGCUAAGUUUCUAUCUACAGCAGGUAAAGAAGUUCUUCUCAAAGUAGUAUUGCAAGCCAUCCCUACCUAUUCCAUGAGUAUUUUUCUGAUUCCAAGCUUAAUAACAAGAAAGUUGAAUCAAUUACUAAGGAAGUUCUGGUGGGGCUAUAAUGAGGAAUCCUCAAAGAUUCAGUGGGUCAAUUGGAAACAGAUUAGUCAUAGCAAAGAGAGUGGGGGGCUAGGUUUUAGAGACUUUAGAAGUUUCAACUUGGCUUUACUCUCAAAGCAAGGGUGGAGAAUCCUUCAGAAUCCUACUUCUCUAGCAGCCAAGGUACUCAAGCAAAAGUAUUUUAGUAAGACUAAUCUGUUGGAAGCACAAUUGGGGUCAAGACCAUCCUUUGCAUGGAGGGGUAUCCAAGCAGGUUUGAGGAUUCUGAAAAAAGGCCUCCUGUGGAGGGUAGGGAGUGGAAGCAAGGUGCACAUAUGGAAGGAUAGCUGGGUCCCUUCUCUCCCUGCAUUCCAGAUUACAUCUCCUCGACCAGUUGACUGCAGGUGUGAUUAG